AUCAAGUAUUUGCUGAAGGCCUAUGGAUCCAUAUCUUCUUCUUAGGGCUAUUGGUUUCCUUCUUUUGGUAAUAAUUGGGAUUCCAGGGAAUAUCUUCAUUAUGAUGCGAUUCACCUACUUGAGGAUAAUUGAGAAGAAACUGUUGCCAACCAAUAUCAUAUUAAUGGCUCUAGCAUUAGUCAAUUUGCUUGUGAUCCUGUCUCGUAUCAUUCCCCAGUCAAUUAACGCCUUAGGAGUUGAGGAAUUGCUGGAUGACACAGAGUGCAAAUUUGUUAUCUUCUUCUACAGAGUAAAUAGGGCCAUGUCUAUAUGUCUUACCAGUUUUCUUAGCUGUUACCAGUGUAUACUUAUUGCUCCAAACACAAAGUUAUGGAAUUAUUUUAAACAUAAUGUCACCCAAAAUAUUGUGGCUAUUAUUUUUCUUUUCUGGAUAAUUAACAUCGCCAUAUACCCAUAUAGCAUUCUCAAUGCCCGUACACGAAGGAAUCAAACAACGUCCCCCUAUACUCUCCAUCUAGUGUACUGUGAUGCAGAUUUCUUGAACUACAUGGCAUAUAUAGUUAAUGGGGCGAUUUAUUCCUGUCGUGAUUUUAUCUUUGUUGGGCUAAUGGUUUUGGCAAGUAGUUAUAUUGUAUAUAAAUUGCUUAGUCAUGAAAAAUCAGUCAAGGGAAUACGGAGCUCAGACAGAACCCAGCAGAGAUCUGUGGAAUACAGAGCAUCUAGGGCUGUUAUCUUGUUGGUUGCACUGUAUGUACUGCUUUAUGGGUUGGAUAACUGUAUGUGGAUCUAUACUUUGACUCUGUCCAACGUGACUCCUAGUAUGAAUGAAAUUCGAAUAUUCUUAGCAUCUUCAUACUCAAGUCUCAGUCCUAUAGUCAUAAUAAUUACUAAUCCUAAACUUCAGCAGAAAUUGGUCUCUUGCAAUCGAGAGAGGAAUAGAUGUUCUGAAAUAAAUGGACAAGUUUAUUCCAUAAAAACAUUCUAAGCAUAAUUACAUGCAUAAUUAUAUACUCACUUGCAUAAUUGCAUAACUGAACUCACAAAUAUCUUGGAAAAUGUAGUAGCCAUUUUCUUGUUUGCUCUCUGGGUGAUACCACUUCAAGAUAGAAAAUAUAAUAUACAUUAAUACAAUUGCAGUAAAUAUUUAUCACCUGCUGUUCUGUAUAUUAAGUAAGACAACAAGCCACUAUAUUUUGUUUCAAACGUGCUUAAGCAAAACUUUUUAGCAUCUAUUUCCUUCCCUUAGUAAAAAAAAAUAAAUGAUACUCCAAAAGCAAGAUUUAAUUCCCUUUACUUAGGUUCCCCUUUAGGCAGGCAUAUCAGCAAGCGACCUUUAUUUAGAUGUGGACACCUAAAGGUGGUCCUAAUAUUGUGCUUAGUAUAACUAUUCUUUCCAGGUUAAAAGAGAGUUUCCCUUGCAGUUCACAUGUUCUUCUCACCUCAUUAAGAGGUAUCUACAGGAGCCAGUUUAGAUAAAUCAGUUAGAUAUUUUAUAGUCACUCUAGGAGUGAAAGGAGAGAAAGGGUU